AUGUAUUCAAAAGGGGACCUCCCGGCGCGCGAGGGCUGGCGGCCGGCACUGGCGCACCUGCUGGCCAUGCAUGCGAGGAGACUGGAAAGGAGCCAGAUCACUUUCGGGCGCUGCAGCAAGAGUUUGGCGGCCGAGGGAAGGUGGCGCUGGGGUUUGCAGCUGCAGAUGGAAAAGCACCUGGAGCCCAGCGUUGUUUGUUGGAAUACCUGCCUCACAUCAUGCAGCUGGCUCCAUGCCGAGUGCCUGCUGAUGAGGCUGCGUGCCGCCCGUUUGGCGGACCGCAUCUCCUUCCAUGCCGUUUCUGGGCGUGGAUGGCGCUCGGCGCUCUGGAAGCUGCCACAGCUGCGGGUGGAAGGUCUGAAGCCGAAUGUGGUCACCUACAACAUCCUCCUGCAUGCCUGUCAGGGACGCCGCGCCGGGGUGGCAAAGCGACUCUUCCAGAGUCUGCGCAAGGAGGAGCUGGAGCCGGACACCGUGACCGUGAAUUCUCUGAUGGGCGCGAGCAAGGACGAUUGGCCCCUGGUCCUGUCGCAGCUCCGUGAGCUGGGAAGGCCCACGGCGGUGAGUGCUGCGUCGAUGCUGCAGGCGGCUCCGUGGCGCGCAGGCCUCGCAAGCCUGGCCUGGCUUGGCCUGGGGGUGGUGAAUGAAGUGGUGGUCACCUGUGCGUGUCGAUCUCUGCGGGAGGUGCCAGACGCCCUUGACCGCUUGCUGGCAGACUUGGAGGCACACGGUCUUCAGCUCUCGCGGCAGAGCGGCAACGCUCGCCUGGCCGCCGGCUCCUGGAGGAGUGCCCUGCAGACGCUGCGAGGCCAGUCAGACAGUGGCCUCUUGCCCAACGAGGUCUCAUACAACACGCUGUGCGGCCUUGGUGAAGGUUGGCUCCUGGGCUUACAGCUGCUCUUCGAGCAGAGUUCUCGCGCUUUGCGCCUGGACGCACCAGCCUUCGGCGGGGGCAUCACAGCCUGCGCGCGCUGGGGGAUGUGGGCAGCCGCACUGCAGCUCAUGGGCUCCAUGCAGCGCAGGGAGCUGCCUGCAGAGGUCACCAACUACAACUCUCUGCUCACCGCGCUGCGUGGCCACUGGCAGCGAGCCUUGUGGCCGAAACAGCCAGACACCAUCACGCUAGGGGCGCUGCUGGCCGCAGAGCAUCGCCCCUGGGCUGCGGCGCUGCGGGCGCUGGCCGGCGCCCGGCUCUGGCGGGCCCAGGUGGAUGCCGCGGCGAAGGAGGCUGCCGCGCUUUGCUGCAGCCGCGAGGCCCAGUGGCGCUUUGCGCUGGCGCUCGGGAGCCACGUGGGGUUGCCCUGGCGCCUGGCAGUUGUCACGUGUCGCUCCCUGGACCAAGCCAUGGCCGUGACGCAGGCCUGGCUCUCGCGGGGCGCUUGGCGCCGAGCGCUGCGCGCCGCCUCGGAGCCAGAGGCGGACGCCCAGCUGCUGGCGCUGCGACUCAGGGCCUGUGAGGUCGCGCAACGGACGCGGAAUGCUCUGGAUGGUUUACUUGCCCUGCAGCAUGAAGGUCUCACUGCUGCCAGCAUCCUUGCGGAAAAGGAGGUCUACUUUGCCAAGCUGGCAGAGCAGGCGGAGCGCUAUGACGAGAUGGCUGAGCACAUGAAGAAUGCUGGCAACGAGGGCAGUGAACUUUCCGUAGAGGAGCGCAACCUGCUGUCGGUGGCCUACAAGAACACCGUGGGCUCUCGCCGUGCUGCAUGGCGCAUCAUCACCAGUGUGAUGCAGAAGGAGACUACCAAGGGCAACAAUGAAAACGCCGGUUAUGCCAAGGAGUACUGUGAGAAGGUGGAGAAGGAGUUGCAGUCGAUUUGUGACACUAUCCUGGCCCUCUUGGAUAACAAGCUCAUCCCGAAAGCCAGUAGUGGUGAGUCCAAGGUCUUCUAUCAGAAGAUGAAGGCGGACUACUACCGGUACAUCGCUGAGUUCCGUGAUGGAGACGCGAAGAAGGCUGCAGCGGAGAAGGCAAGAGAGGCCUAUGCUGAGGCAGAGAAGGUGGCUGAGAAGGACUUGGCAGUGACACACCCGAUCCGCCUGGGUUUGGCCCUGAACUACUCGGUCUUCAUGUACGAGGUGCUCGGCAACCCUGACGAGGCCUGCAAGAUGGCGCGCAAGGCUUUCGAGGACGCCAUUGCUGAGCUGGACAACGUGGCAGAGGACUCCUACAAGGACUCGACCCUGAUCAUGCAGCUGCUGCGAGACAAUCUGACCCUCUGGACUUCGGACCAAGAGGGAGGCGCAUAG